AUGAGAUGGUUCAGAGCGGGCGGGUCUGGAGCUGGAGGCGGGUGCGCUGCGGUGCAUGCCGGGACGCGGUUGCUCAUCUCCGCCUUCAGCCUCCAUCAGCCGCCGCUGACCUCUGACAGCAAACACGGAAGCAGCAUGGCGUCCAACAGCAGCAGAUCACAGCACAGGCUCCGGAUCAUCGCCGGACACUUGCAGAAGCGCACAGAAGAUCAACACGCCAGUCUAUCCGCGCAAAACUGCAGAGCCGAGUCUCCCGGAUCCAGCCCGAGCAGCCAGACACCGGUGCCCAGGAGGAGGCAGGAGAUCAUGAAGUGGAAUGGCUGGGGUUACAGCGACUCAAGAUUCCUGUUUAAUAAAAAGGGUCAAGCAGAGUUCACAGGCAAACGGUAUCGGUUGAGUGGGCUGAUUCUGCCGAGUCUGAAGGACUGGUUUGAAGGGACGUUUGGAGCCAAUUUACAGCAUAAAUCUCCUGCUACUUCGUCUCUGAAUGUGAGCGCAGUGUCUCCUCCAAACCUGAAUGAAGCGUUCUCUGAGGAUCUGAAAGCUGCAGGUCUGCCGGCGUCUCAUGAUGCGGAGGAUCGGGUUUUCCGAGCUCACGGUCAUUGUCUGCAUGAGAUCUUCGCUCUGCGGGAGGGCAGGAUUGGACGCGUGCCUGACAUGGUGGUUUGGCCCAGCUGUCACAGUGAUGUGGAGAAGAUUGUGGAUCUGGCCUGCAAACACAACGUCUGCUUGAUUCCCUAUGGAGGUGGUACGAGUGUUUCCAGUGCUCUAGAGUGCCCUCGUGAGGAGACGCGCUGCAUUGUUUCUUUAGACACGUCUCAGAUGAACCGAAUCUUGUGGAUCGAUGAGAAGAAUCUGACGGCUCAUGUGGAGGCAGGAAUCAUCGGUCAGGAUCUGGAGAGACAGCUGAAUGAGCGAGGCUACUGUACGGGUCAUGAGCCAGACUCUAUGGAGUUCAGUUCUCUGGGCGGCUGGGUGGCCACACGGGCAUCAGGCAUGAAGAAGAACAUCUACGGCAACAUAGAGGACCUGGUAGUACAUAUAAAGAUGGUGACCCCUAGAGGAGUGAUUGAGAAGAGCUGCCUGGGGCCCCGCAUGUCCACCGGCCCCGACAUCCACCACUUCAUCAUGGGCUCUGAGGGAACUCUGGGAGUGGUGACUGAGGUCACGAUGAAGAUUCGACCCAUUCCUGAGUACCAGAAGUACGGCUCGGUGGUGUUCCCCAACUUCCAGCAGGGUGUGGCAUGUCUGAGAGAGGUGGCCCGACAGAGAUGUGCUCCAGCAUCUAUUCGGCUAAUGGACAACGAGCAGUUUCAGUUCGGUCAUGCACUCAAGCCUCAAGUGUCCUCCAUAUUCACCUCAUUCCUGGACGGGUUGAAAAAAUUCUACAUCACGAAGUUUAAAGGCUUCGACCCUCAUCAUCUGUGUGUGGCCACGCUGCUGUUUGAGGGGGAUCGUGGGAAGGUUCUGCAGCACGAGAAGCAGGUCUAUGACAUCGCAGCCAAAUUCGGGGGUCUGGCAGCAGGAGAGGACAACGGUCAGAGGGGCUACAUGCUGACGUUUGUGAUCGCCUAUCUGCGGGAUUUGGGAAUGGACUACUAUGUGAUCGGAGAGUCAUUUGAGACGUCUGUGCCUUGGGACAGGGUUUUGGAUUUGUGUCGAAAUGUGAAGGAGAGGAUUAUAAGAGAGUGUAAAGAGAGAGGAGUGCAGUUCCCACCACUGUCCACAUGCAGAGUCACACAGACGUAUGAUGCAGGUGCUUGUGUGUAUUUCUACUUUGCCUUUAAUUACCGGGGUCUAAGUGAUCCAGUUCAUGUCUACGAACAAGUGGAGCACGCAGCCCGGGAGGAGAUUCUAGCCAAUGGAGGGAGUCUGUCGCACCACCACGGAGUGGGAAAACUCCGCAAGGAAUGGAUGAAGGAGAGUGUGUCCGGCGUGGGGCUUGGCAUGAUCCAGUCCGUCAAGGAGUUUGUGGACCCACAGAACAUCUUCGGGAGCAGAAACCUGUUGUAAUAAUCCAUGUUUUCUUAUGUAUGUGUGUGUGUGUGUGUGUGUGUGUGAGAAAGCGUAUGUGUGUGUGUGCACGCACUCAGUCAUGUGAUAAACAACAUCUCUGUCUCCAUCUACUGUCUCCUUGUUGUUGUUGUUUCCCUUUUAACCUCUGUAGGCGGAGCUAAGCUCGACUGAAGCCCCACCCCCUGGAGAUCACAUGACUGGUCUCUGCUGUUGUGUUUGCUGCAUUAGCGGUGACUGAAGUGUGCUUUAUUGAAGCCGUGUGCCUUCUGUCUGUCUGUCUGACACUCCUGGCUGUCUUAAUGUCUCUCUCUGAUUAUUAUUAUCCCGUCUGCCAUACUGUACUUCUGCCUUUCUACUGGUCAGCUUGAUAAAGUGGGUUAUUGUGGUGUUGUUUUGGGUGAAUCUCACGAGAAGAGCGUAAUGUUUGUGUUUUGCUCCAGAAUCAAAAGGAGGGAAGAAAAUACACAUCCAUUAUAUAUAUAUAUAUAUAUAUAUAUACCUGACAAAAGUCUUGUCAUGGAUCUCAGUUGUAAGAGCAACAAAUAAUAACUUGACUUCUAGUUGAUAAUUUGGAAACGUGUCCGAAGGUGGAUUUUUCUGCUGAAUCAUCUGUUGAACUGCAUCCCAAUCAUCACAAAUACUGCAGAAGACCUACUGGAACCAGCAUGGAGCCAAGAUUCUCAUAGAAAUCAGUCAAGUUUGGUGAAGGAACAAUCAUGGUUUGGGGUUACAUUCAGUAUGGGGGCGUGCGAGAGAUCUGCAACAUCAACAGCCUGAGGUGUCAAGACAUUUGUGCUGCCCAUUACAUUACAAACCACAGGAGAGGGCAAAUUCUCCAGCAGGAUAGCGCUCCUUCUCAUACUUCAGCCUCCACAUCAAAGCUCCUGAAAAAAGAAGGUCAAGGUGCUCCAGGAUUGGCCAGCCCAGUCACCAGAGAUGAACAUUAUUGAGCAUGUCUAGGGUAAGAUGGAGGAGACGUUAAAGAUGAACACAAAGACUCUUGAUGAACUCUGGGAGUCCUGCAAGAAGGCUUUCUUCGCCAUUCCAGAUGACUUUAUUAAUCAGUGAUUUGAGUCAUUGCAGAGAUGUAUGGAUGCAGUCCUCCAAGCUCAUGAUGGAGUCAGACACAAUAUUCAUUCUGUUUCCACUGCAGCAUGACCACAUAUUCUAUACUGGACAUUAUUGAAGGUUCAGUGAGCAGACUUUAGUCUAAGCAGAGUCAGACCUUACUGUCCUAAUCAAAUCAUUCAAUAUCAAGACAUGAUCAUAUUUUAUUGUGCUCAAAUAAGUGUAAUCUAGAGGCCUUUACCUUUCAGAUAAGACACUUCUGAUACCAAAUGAUCAACUAGAAGUCAAGAUAUUAUUUGUUGCUCCUAAAACUUGGUUAGGUGACGACUUUUGUCAGGUAGUGUAUAUAUAUGUGUAUAUUAUAUUUUGUUCCGCAAUAUUGGUCCAAACCUAAUACAGUAUAUUCUGAGAAACUGAACGUUUACAAAUGGUAUCAAAUACAGUAUAUUAUUAUAAUUUUUUUAAUAAUUUUUUAUUACUACAUAUUUCAUAAUAUUUUUCUCUCCAAUGUCUUGCCAAACCGGUCGUCUAUUAAAAGCAGACAAAAAAAAUGUAAAUCUGUAGAUUAGCAGUUUUCUGUAUUUUGUGAUUUGUUUUUAUUAUUUUUCCUCAUUUAUUUCUGCUUUUGAAUUGCUUCAUGUGUUUUUGAUCUUUCUUCCAACAACAUUUAACCUUGACGAGCUCAAAAAAGUGGCUUUUAUUGUCAUUAAUAGUUGAAAGUUUAUAUUGUCUGGGUUGGUGCUGUAUUUUACUCUACAAAAACCUUGUAAUAAACUGCAGCACAUUCUCUGUUAUUUUAUGCACUUAUUUCUCUGUAUGUUAUUUCUUAUAUGACUUCAAACCACUAAAAUAUCAGUAAAAGUCACUUUGUUAAACUGUAGAGCUGAAUUUUCAACAUUAAAAGUGGACAGAGCAUAGAUCAACAUCCCAUAAUGCAAUUCACAACCGGAAAUAAAGCAGAAAACACAUUAAAUACGGAAACUGUUCAUUAGCAGAUGUUUUUACAGUGCAUAUAUAGCUGAAGUCAGAAUUAUUAGCCCCCACUUUAAAUUUUUUUUCAUUAUUAAAUAUUUCCCAAAUGAUGUUGAACAGAGCAAGGAAAUUUUCACAGUAUGUCUGAUAAUAUUUUUUCUUCUGGAGAAAGUCUUAUUUGUUUUAUUUCAGCUAGAAUAAAAGCAAUUUCAAAUUGUUUUAAAGCCAUUUUAAGGUUAAAAUUAUUAACCCCCUUAGGCAAAUUUUUUAUCGAUAGUCUACAGAACAAACCAUCGGUAUACAAUAACUUGCCUAAUUACCCUAACCUGCCUAGUUAACCUAAUUAACCUAGUUAAGCCUUUAAAUGUCACUUAAAUAGGUAGUCAUGUAUAUAUUUAAAUAUCUAGUCAAAUAUUAUGUGCUGUCAUCAUGGCAGAGAUAAAAUAAAUCAGUUAUUAAAGCUAUUAUGUUUAUAAAUGUGUUGAAAAAAUCUGCUCUCCUUUAAACAGAAAUUGGGGAAUAAAAUAAAGAGGGGGGCUAAUAAUUCUGACUUCAACUUUAUAUAUAUAUAAAAACAAAAAAAGCCUCUUUUUUCCCUCUCGUUUUGAUUUGAUGUGGAGGAAACAUGUGACAGAUGUUGUUGUUGUGAGAUUCAGUAUUUUUGUGUAUGAGCGAGAUGCUGAAAAUCUGCUCAAAUCUGUCCUCUUGUUUCUACCAAAGACUGUCAGCAGCAUCUCUUCGUCUUCUUCUUCCACACACACACACACAUCUGUACAUAAACACACCAACACCAUGCUUUGGAGAGUAUACGUGAGGUCCAUAAAUUGUAUUUUUUUUUAACACAACGUAUGCAAAAAGCCAGAGAUCUGAUCUAAAAACGUUAUAUUGUGACUGUUACAUCAUUUAACUUUUGAGUAGUGUUUGAUUUCCUCCAGUUCAUUUCCCACAUGUCCGAAUUUUCUUCUCCAAUAUUUCAUGCGAUGCAGAGGAUGUUUCUUUCUUUUAAAGAAGUAGUUCACUCCCUGAAAAUCCAGUCAUUAUUUACUCCCUCUCAUGUUGUUUGUAAUGCAGCGAUAUUUGGAAAAAUGUUCAAGCUGCUCUUUUCUAGACAACAGUUGCAUUGUGGUGACCAGGAGAAAGAUUAAAGAAAUGUUGUAAUUUGUCCAUUUAAAGGGAUAGAUCACUCAAAAAGUGAACAUUUUGUCAUCAUUUAUGCAUUAUUCAUUAGUCGAAAAGCUGUUUGAGUUUCUUUCUUGUGUUGAACACAAAAGAAGAUAUUUUGAAAAAUGUUGGAAACUUGUAACUAUUGACUUCCAUUUGUUUCCCUUUCUAUGGAAGUCAAUGGUUACCAGUUUCUAACAUUUUUGUGUUCAACAGAAGAAAGAAUCUAAUUUAAAACCACUUGAGGGAAAGUAAAUAGUGAGUAAAAUUUUCAUUUUUGUGUGAACUAUACCUUUAAUAUAAAAUCUCAUUCGCAUUUCUGCACAUUAAAACUGCAGCAAACACUGCCAUCACUGAAUUCACAUGUCACUUUCAAGGGUUAGUUCACACUGAAAUCAAAAUCUUGUUAUUAAUUACUCUUCCUCAUGUGGUUUUCAAGCCUAUAAAGCUUCGUUUGCCUUCUGAACACAAGUUAAGAUUUUUUAGAUAAAACCCUGGAGCUCUCCAUAGACCACAUAGACUGCUAAAUUACAGAUCAUUUUUACAGUGCAUUUUUGUGUGAACUGCCCCUUUAAUUACUAAAAACAUUCGUUAAUGAACAGUUUUCAUAUUUUGUGAUUCACAACUGUUAAUUUACAGUUAUGAAUGACAUUAUUGGAUCUUUAUUUCUGCUCUGUCGACUUUUGAUGUUGAAAAUUCCACUUUGCAGUGACUUUUACUGACAUUUUAGUAGAAACAAAACACAUUUUUAAAACAAUAUAUUGAAUAAUAAAUCAGAUCUAGAGAAAUAAGUCUGUAAAGUAACAGAAAAUGUACUUGCAGAUUAUUACAAGGUUUUUGUAGUGUAAUAUACAACACCAACCCAGACAAUAGAGCACUGCAAACUAGUGAAAAAUUCAGGUUUCUUUUUGAAAAAUAUUUCAACAUCCAAAAAAUUGGAGGAAAUAUUAAGGUCUAAUAAUGAAAUUCAAAGCAUAAAAACUAGUGCUGGGCAAAAAAUUAAUUAUAAUUAAACACGUACAAAAUAAAAGUCUUUUUUGACAUGUAAAAUUCUGUGUUUUACAUAUUGAAUAUGUGUAUAGCUGUAAAUACUUGCAAAUAUUUGAGAAAAUGUUUGUUUAUGUUUAGAUAUAAAAUAUGAUACAAAUGAUCAAUUCAAUAAUUAUCUAUUUAAUAAGCAUUAUUGUCAAUUUAAUUUAAAAUUAUUAAUUUAAUUGAUUAUAUGAUCUAAUUAUCAAUUUAAAUAAAUGUUUGAAGCUGCGGUCACACUGGACUUUUCUCCCCAUAGACUUCCAUUCAUACACACGUGAAUGGGUCAGACCGGAAACGCAAGUUCGUGCAACAAGUUUUGCAGUUUGCUGCAUUGCAGAGUACAACCUUGGUGAACUCUGACCUGCGAAAUCUCAUCACUUGACUGCAUUAGACCAAUUGAGGAUCAAAACAUGACCUCUCUGGACAGAAAUUUAAAACAUGGACCAGUCGCUCACUUUUUUAAAAUGUCUUAUCAUGUUGUUUAAUCCCGCCCCUAUUCGCAGUGCCAUACGACCAAAUUUUGCAUGCACAAACUCUAGUGUGACCGUAGCUUAAUUCGAGUAGCAGUGUGAUAUAGUUUUAUAUCGGCACUGGUGGGAGGCGUGCAUUGGCAGGAGGAGUGCCUUAGUGUCCCACUAGUGAUAGUAUACAAUUAUAUCACACUGCUACUCAUGUGUUAUUGCAUUUAAAUAACAGUUCGACGUCAUAAUUAUGUAUAUAAAAAGAAAAUCAAACAAGGAGAGUCUCAAAAAUCCUUUUGAAUGAGGAACUACUUUCUUCCUCCAUUCAUUCACAUCUGCAGCUGAACUUAGAACAGCAGAAACCAUUCACAAGUGUCACAUUAGAGCUAGUGUUUGAAUGAUUCUCUAGUGUAAUGUCUAAAGUGAUGACAAAACAGCUCACAUUUUAAGAUUACAAGGCUGAACAGCAUGAAAUGUCAUCAGUCUACAGAGAUUUCCCAGUAUUUCUCUGUUACAAUAAGGAGAUCACAAUAAUUAACCCCAGAAAAGCCAAAGCAAAGCAAACACUACAGAUUACUAUAGUAUAAACACAGCACUACAACAUUCAAAAGAGAGAGAUUUACUUAGAGUGUCACUUAGCUGUUCUGUAGUGAUUUGAUCAGCUGUAGUUCGAGUUUUUCUACCCUUAGCACUUAUUAUGCAGUCUCUGUCGCCAUCUUGUGGUGGAACGUCAACCGUCUUUGCUCUGCUCAGUAUGACAGGCUGAUGGCAGCCAACGUGUUGAAUCUCCGAAAUCAUGAAUAUUUAAAAUAGGCACGGUCCUUAUAAAUAAACUGCAUAGUUACAAUCUAAACAACUACAUUCUCACCUGAAAAACCUCAAAGGUACAUUAUGUUGACCAACAGCUGCAAUAUUUGUCAAACUGAAGUGACUUUGUUGAUCUGCUGUGACUCUGUGUGGGCGGAGUAAUACAGAAGGGUGAAGAGGCUGUAGGAGUGCUGCUAUUGCAGAAUAUCAUACAGCUAUCAGCCAAUCAGAUUCGUGAACCAGACAGAACUGUUGUACAAAUAUAUAUUUAUAACACAGAUAUUAUGUCAAAACAAACUUAUUUUGUAAUCUUUGCCCAAAAAAAAACAAGAAUCGCAAAACACUGAAAACUGCUCAUUUACGGAUUUAUUUUAAUAACAGUGUGUUGAAAGAAAGUGUGUAAAUGUGUAAUAUCUGAUUAACGUCUCGUCUUUAAUGCGGUGUGUGUAUCGUCUUGAUCAGGGUUUAGACUUCUCACUUUAUUAACUUACAGGAGCACUUUUGUAAAAUGUUGAAGCCUCCAGAAAUGAUGCGGGGUGUGGAUUUUCAGACGUCCCGCAGCUCCUUGUUUUCCCAGUCGACACGAAGCCUUUCUGAAGUGUCAAAAGACGCAUUUAUUUUGUUCUGUAUGUGUUUCUGAAGUGUUUGUGGCUGAAAUGCAGAUGAAGGAUCUGGAGUUUAAUCCUGAACGCUUUCGGUAUCAAACCAGAAGCGCAUUAUACAAGAGUUCAGUCUGAAUAUGAAUAUAUCCUCCAUCUUUCUGCAGAUUUGUUUUUUUUUUUCUUGAUAAUGUGUUUAAUAUCAGAGUACAUUUCUUUUUUUGUCAAAAGCUGUUUGUGCAAUAAAUUAACAGAACAUGUCUGAAUGUUUUA